AUGUACGAACUACUCAUCAUAACCAAAGAAUGGCUCCACCAAUCUAGCAGCCCCAAGAAGUUUGAUGACCUCACUAGCAUCAUCAACAAAUCGUACUCAAAACCAAUGAAGAAAUUUGGCAUUAUCGAAUCACCUCGCAUUAGCACACCAAACGAGUUUCUCGAGGAUUUAAGACUAACUCCAGGAAACGACGCCUUUUUGGUAGUUCUACUCGGAACCAAAUCACAUUUCGACUUAAUAGAAAAAGAAACAGGCUGGAAGCGCCAUUUUGACAAGGAUAUUAGACCGUUAUCUGGAUGCUACAACAGUGAUAUACCUAAUGGGCACCUCUCUUAUUUUGAUAGCUUGAGUCUGCGAACAAUCGUAAAAAAGACAAUCGCUACACCUGGCCACGACCUUGAUGAAGAUAUCACGGAUCGUGUGUUGGCAUCAGUGGGAUACAAUUAUCAUUCCGAAAGACCUUCUGAAUCUGCUCGAGUAUACGAAGUAACAGCGUUCACAUCUUUUCUUCGUGGUAUGGGCACGCAGCUUAUAAACUAUACACUAGACAAUUUCCUUCAAGACCCCAACUGCCAAUACCUCGGGGCAAACAAAGUGUCGAAGCGAAUUAUUCGCGCAGUCGUUAUCGAAGAGCAUUUGUUGGUGCCAUACUACGAGAAGCUCGGCUUUAAAUUGACUGGCGAGAAGGAAAAAAUGUCUCAAAAAGGAUUUGGUGAAGCAGGACUUCGAUGCAGCGAAGACUUCCACUGGACGAUUUUAGAAAAACAGAUAGAGCCAUGUUUGUGA